AUGCCCGUGGGUAAAGAGGCAAAUGCCCGUUCCCAGCCCGCUGAGGGCAGGCCAAGCAAGCAGAGAAGGCACCAGGUGGCUCACAGGCAGCCUGAGGAAGCGCCGCAGGGCAGCCCGAGCCAGGCGUCGUCCCACCAUGGGAUCACGCUGCCACGGGUGCCCUACCUGGAGAGGUUUCAGCCUGUCGCCAUCCAGCAGGCACAGGAAACAGCCAGGUGCUCUGUGAUGGACGUUGUGCACAAGGCUGCGGCUGCCAUCCGGGCAAGAGCUGAGCAGGAAAAGGAGCAGGAGGAUGUGGCCCAAAGCCACGUGGAUGUGUCAGUGGCACCAGUGACGCCAGUAACACUUGAGGACAUCGAGACUCCUAUGGCUGUAGAGCCUCAGGCAGAGCCCAGCUCAGCCCCUUUCACCAAAGCUGCAGAUGAGGCUGGAGAAGUCAUGGUUUCUCCCGUGCCUGGAGAUUAUCAACAGGAGGCCGGCAGAGCUGUUGUCUCCCCAGCACAACAUGAGGAGGAAGUUCUGGCUGCAGUGACGAUGAUCCCUGGGGCAGAGUCUGGGAUAUCUCACCUUGCACCUGGAGCAGAUGAUGAAGGAGAAGCAGCAGCUUCACCUUUGAGUCAGGGCUCGCAGCCCCAGGAGGAGCCAGCGGCCUUCCCUGAGGAGAACGAUGAGGAGGCCAAGCAGGAAUUGGAAUGUGUUAGUGACAAAGAGCUGUCUCAAGGGGAAGCCCUCACCAUGUACAACAUCUGCGUGGCUCACAGGCAGCCUGAGGAAGCGCCGCAGGGCAGCCCGAGCCAGGCGUCGUCCCACCAUGGGAUCACGCUGCCACGGGUGCCCUACCUGGAGAGGUUUCAGCCUGUCGCCAUCCAGCAGGCACAGCGCUUGCCCUCUCCGCCCAGCAAGAUCAAGCCUUCGGAGCAGCCGAAGAGGAUCUGCCUGGUCAGAGCUCCUGAGAAAGAGGAGCACCAGGCACGUCUCACUCCCAUGCCACCGGCGUGGGCUUCUAAUAACGCUGUCCAGAAGGAAGCAGCACCACAGAGACAGAGACAUGGGCCUGCCCUGCAGAACAUCAAAGUCCCGGAUGCACUUGUGCAGGUCACAACAACAUUCGAAAAGAUGAAGCUGCUGCACCUGCCUGUGGCUAUGGUCCAGAGAACCAACAAGAAGCAGGAAACAGCCAGGUGCUCUGUGAUGGACGUUGUGCACAAGGCUGCGGCUGCCAUCCGGGCAAGAGCUGAGCAGGAAAAGGAGCAGGAGGAUGUGGCCCAAAGCCACGUGGAUGUGUCAGUGGCACCAGUGACGCCAGUAACACUUGAGGACAUCGAGACUCCUAUGGCUGUAGAGCCUCAGGCAGAGCCCAGCUCAGCCCCUUUCACCAAAGCUGCAGAUGAGGCUGGAGAAGUCAUGGUUUCUCCCGUGCCUGGAGAUUAUCAACAGGAGGCCGGCAGAGCUGUUGUCUCCCCAGCACAACAUGAGGAGGAAGUUCUGGCUGCAGUGACGAUGAUCCCUGGGGCAGAGUCUGGGAUAUCUCACCUUGCACCUGGAGCAGAUGAUGAAGGAGAAGCAGCAGCUUCACCUUUGAGUCAGGGCUCGCAGCCCCAGGAGGAGCCAGCGGCCUUCCCUGAGGAGAACGAUGAGGAGGCCAAGCAGGAAUUGGAAUGUGUUAGUGACAAAGAGCUGUCUCAAGGGGAAGCCCUCACCAUGUACAACAUCUGCGUCAGCCCUCUGGUGCCAGAGCUCUUCCAGGACGCCCGAGAAGACAUCCGAAAGUGGCUGUAG